UCAAGACGGCAUUGCUUCCUGUAGCAAUUUAUUAGUAAUAGCAUAUAUGUUGGCUUGGGUUUUUCCGCUGUGGAUAGUCUAGGAAAGAAGAAACAAUACAUUGUAAUGUUACGUUUUAGCUCAGGGCCUGCGUCAAUUCAGCUUUAGUUUAUUUUAUGGUUUUUACACGCUGUCUAAAUGGGUGCAUAUUACUGUGCUAUAUGUAGGCAAACAACAUUCACUGGGAAGGGACAUAUCUUCGGAAAAAACCACCAAAGCAGACUUAGAGUGGUUCUUCUUAAAUUUUUAGAAAAGGUGAAGGAAGCUCGCCGAACACUUAAAAAACCCCAAGUAGAAAAGUUUGAUUGCACCCAACACAAGCAGACAUUCUGGUGCUACUGCUGUGGGCUUGAAAUAGAUAGAAAUGUUACAGAUGACAACAUGACUGUGUUGUACGGAGGCUUGUUAGAACACAUGGCCACCCCAGAACACAGGAAGAAGACUCACAAGUUCUGGUGGGAAAAUAAGGCCGACCCCAAGUUUAGAGACAAGGUCAUCAUCACAGAGGAGGAAACUGAAAGGUUUAAAGAUGAAGUGGGAAAAGCAUUGGAAUCAUUUGUGGAGAAGGAGGAUGAAUUCCUUAAACAGCAAGCUGAUAUCAUCCGGACACAGGAGAAGCAGCGUCAAGAGGUCCUUCAGUCUCUUUUAGAGCGUGACGCAGAACUGGAGUUGUUCAAUGGACCCAACGGCACAGACAUGUCUGCUGAGGAUGCUAUCAGCUCUCAAUGUACACCUCAGGGAUCAGACCAGCAGGCAGGGGGCAGCUUUGUUAAGCCAAUAGUCAAAGCACCGAGGGCUGCAACAGGACAAGGCCUGACUUUCAUAGGCUAUCAGGAUUCUAAAAACAGUGGAAAUGUUCAUACAGGUGCCGUCCCUCCUUGGCUCCAGAAUGACCCUCAGGAGGGGACUUCGGGAGCUGCAGCACGUCCAGAGAUUGGACCAUCGCUCCAAGGGUUCCUGAAACAGAAGGAGCAAGAGAAGCUGAAGAAGCUUCCACCGAACAGAGUGGGCGCCAACUUUGAUCACAGCUCACAGACAGACGCCAACUGGCUUCCCUCCUUUGGUCGAGUGUGGAACAGUGGCCGACGCUGGCAGUCCAGGCACCAAUUCAGACAAGAGGAAGGGCAGAAGAGCAGACGGAAGAGGAAGAGGGAGCCUGGCGCAGAGGGGUCAAAGAAACCAAAAACAACAGAUCAGCUGACAAAUUCUGACAACACUUAAAACUAAGUAUGGUGUAUGAGAAUUCACGAGUGAAGGAAUGUAUAUAGUUUGCAAGAUGUGAUACUAUGUGUCUACUAUGUGUACUUGGUUGAAAUGUUCAGCCUGACUAGACACCCUACUGUAGUACCCUACUGAACAGUAGAGUGUGUAUAUGUAAAAGGUAUGUAACCUUCUUUAGAACAUAAUAGGGAAAGUUUGCAGUGUAUAUAUAUAUAUAUAUAUUAACUUGGUAUAUUAGGAAGUAUCUUGGAUAUAUUUAUGUAAGAAACAUACCUGUUGAUUAUUGCAGUUUUGUAUAAAAACUGCAUGGUCCAAAUAUAUACACUCACUCAUCAAUUAAUCAAAAGCCUUUAUUUUAAAGUAUUGUUCUUACCCAGAUUCUCACAGCAAGUCCAGGAUACUGAUCAGCAAGUUAUUAGACUAGAGCUCUUUGACAGGAUAAUAUGACUGUCCUGGCAAGUGAACAGCAGGGGGCGCCAGCCACUCAACUAACAAAGGCAGCUGCUGUGUGUUAAGAGAAGAAUUGACAUGAAGGCAAGCUGUUGAACACACAAUUAUAAAGAUAACAACAUUGUAAAAACCUAAACUGUAUUAUCCAUUUCAAUAAUGUAUAUGCAUCUUUGCCCUGAUGUGGAAAAAGAAGACUGCACCAUUGAAUGUUUUUUUUUUUUUGUAGCUGAGCAGUAGUUCUCAGUGUUUGUAAAACCAAUAAUAAACAUUUCUCUUUUUUACAGUGUACCUGUA